AUGAAGCCUUCCGGUCGUGACGUUCAUGGGAGUCCUCUCGCCCCCUACAGCCGCCGCCGAUCCCCUAGCUACAGCCGGCACAGCUCGUACGAACGCGGCGGGGAUGUGUCGCCCAGUCCCUACAGCAGUAACUGGCGUCGCUCUCGGAGCCCCUACAGUCCCAAUAUCAGGAGAUCAGCAAAAUCCCGAAGCAGAAGUCCUUACUCAUCAAGACACUCAAGGUCUCGUAGCAGGCACAGAUUAUCUAGGUCUAGAAGUCGUCACUCAAGUAUUUCUCCUAGCACGCUGACUCUGAAAAGUAGCUUGGCUGCUGAGUUGAACAAGAACAAAAAAGCUAGAGCUGCAGAAGCAGCCAAAGCCAAUGCAAAAGUUUCAAACACCUCUACGCCUACUAAGGGAAACACUGACACUGGUGUGAGUGCACCUCAAACAAACAAUGUGAAGGAUCAGAAGAAAAUAAAAACUGAACAUACACCUUCUCCUACAAGUGGUGCAGCUUUGAAAAAUGAGAAGGCAAAAGCAAAGGUUUCUGUUCAGGAGACAAAGGUGGAAAAUAACUUGAUUGUAGACAAAGUUGCUAAACAGAAAGCAGCAGCAGCAGCAGUAGUAACAACAGUAGUAAAAGAGAAUAAAUCUGCUGCUAUAAAACAGCAACCAGUCACUGUAAAAGAGAAAAACAAACCACAUACACCAAAUGUAGGAGCCAAGGAGAAAGAUAAAAAUGUUGCACUACUGACCUCCACACUGCCACCCUUGCCUUUCCCUCCCAUGCUGCCUGAAGAUAAAGAUGCUGACAGUUUGCGAGGGAAUCUUUCAGCAAAGGCAGUUAAAAAAGAAGUGGAGAAGAAACUCCGUCAUCUGCUUGCAGACUUGCCACUCCCACCGGAGUUGCCUGGAGGAGAUGAUUUAUCCAAAAGUCCUGAAGAAAAGAAACCAACAGUUCAGUCACACAGCAAAAGGAGGCCGAAAAUAUGUGGACCACGCCAUGGUGAAACAAAAGAGAAAGACAUUGACUGGGGAAAACGCUGUGUGGAUAAAUUUGAUAUAAUUGGCAUUAUUGGAGAAGGAACUUAUGGACAAGUUUACAAAGCCAGGGAUAAGGAUACGGGAGAAAUGGUGGCAUUAAAGAAAGUACGGUUGGAUAACGAAAAGGAAGGUUUUCCAAUUACAGCUAUUCGGGAGAUUAAAAUUCUUCGACAGCUGAACCACCAAAGCAUUAUCAACAUGAAGGAAAUAGUGACAGAUAAGGAAGAUGCUUUGGACUUCAAGAAGGACAAAGGUGCAUUUUACCUGGUCUUUGAAUAUAUGGAUCAUGACUUGAUGGGACUCCUGGAAUCCGGCUUGGUUCAUUUUAAUGAAAAUCACAUAAAAUCAUUUAUGAGACAGUUGAUGGAGGGACUGGAUUAUUGCCAUAAGAAGAACUUCUUGCACAGAGAUAUUAAAUGUUCAAAUAUUCUAUUAAAUAAUAGAGGGCAGAUUAAACUUGCAGACUUUGGGCUUGCUCGACUGUAUAGCUCAGAAGAGAGUCGACCAGUGUAGAACAAAGUUAUUACUUUAUGGUACCGGCCUCCUGAACUUCUGCUUGGGGAGGAAAGAUACACACCAGCCAUAGAUGUCUGGAGCUGUGGCUGUAUCCUGGGUGAACUUUUUACUAAAAAACCAAUAUUUCAAGCAAAUCAGGAACUUGCUCAGCUGGAACUAAUAAGCCGAAUUUGUGGGAGUCCUUGUCCUGCAGUCUGGCCUGAUGUAAUAAAGUUAGCCUAUUUCAACACCAUGAAACCAAAGAAGCAGUAUCGUCGAAAGUUGCGAGAAGAGUUUGCUUUUAUUCCACCAGCUGCAUUAGAUCUGUUUGAUUAUAUGCUUGCUUUGGACCCCAGCAAGCGUUGCACAGCUGAGCAGGCUCUUCAGUGUGAGUUUCUGCGAGAUGUGGAACCUUCUAAAAUGCCUCCACCAGACCUUCCUUUGUGGCAAGAUUGUCAUGAACUGUGGAGUAAGAAACGUAGAAGGCAGAAGCAGAUGGGUAUGACAGAUGACACAACAGCAGCUAAAAUUCCUAGGAAGGAUUUGUCUUUAGGCCUGGAUGACAGCAGAACCAACACCCCACAAGGAAUGCAGACUUCUUCCAAACUCACUACUCAGGGCAACUCUAGUGUAGCACUUGUGAAAACAAGCACUGGACAGCAGUUAAACCAGAAUGAAGUGGCAAUCCUGCUAAAUCUUCUUCAGUCUAAAACAAGUGUUAGUAUGGCACAUUUUGCCGAAGUGUUGAAUAUUAAGGUAAACCCAGAGACUCAUCAGCAACUUGCUGGUAUUUUGGCAGCAGGUGUAAAGCAGCCAGAACAACAGCCGCCUCCACCACCACCAGAACAGGAGCCUUUACAACAGCCAGUAGUCACUCAGCCGGCUGUACCACCUGCUCAGCUGACUCAGCCUAAAAUCGAGACUGAUGCUGCCCAGGCAGCUGUGCAGAGUGCAUUUGCUGUUUUGUUGUCUCAGUUAAUAAAGACUCAGCAAACAAAGCAAAAAGAUCUUGUGCUAGAGGAGAAGGAGAAUGGAUCAGGAAAUGAAAUGUCGUUACAACUCAGGCAGCCUCCAGAGCCCUGCACUCCUGCAUCUGAAAACCAGGAGGACGUGGAUUCUCCAGCAUCUGUUUACCCACAUCUGAUCAAAUCGUUAUACUCAUGUGCAGGUCAAGAUGAUUUGGUUAGACAGCCUGAUAGGAGGGUUCUAAAUCUAACACCAGAACAAGAACGCCCUCGCAUCUUGCCCCCAGAUCAGCGUCCUCCAGAGCCACCAGAACCACCACCUCUCACCGAAGAAGAUGACGAGGACCUAGAUUAUCGGACAGAAAACCAGCAUUUGCCUAUUUCUAGCUCUUCAGCAAUGGAUCCUCAUGCUGGGGUGAAAGCUGCUCUUCUACAACUGCUUGCUCAGCAUCAGGUUCAGACAACUGAAGAACCAGUAGCAACUAAUGUGGAUUAUCAGGCAAGAGACUCCUAUGUAACUGAUUUCAAGGAUAAUUUUGGAUCUUCCUUCUCUUCUGCCCAUUAUGGUGGUAGUGAUGGAAUAGGAAGUGGAUCAUCUGGGGCACUGGAAAGGAGAAGCUUCAUUGGAAACUCAGAUAUUCAGUCUUUGGAUAACUACAGUACUGCUUCAUCUCACUCUGGUGGUGCACCUCCACCCUCUGCCUUUUCAGAGCCAUUUUCCAGCUCAGUAACUGGUUAUGGAGACAUUUACCUCAACACUGGUCCCAUGCUAUUUAGUGGCGAUAAGGACCAUAGAUUUGAAUAUAGCCAUGGCCCUAUUGCAGUUCUGGGAAACAGUGGUGACACAUCCACAGGGUCAGAAAGUACUCAUUCUUUGUCCACAAAGAUGCACAGCUAUAGUUAUGGAAGUAAUUUACAAGAAAACCCUGGUGGUAUUAGCCACAUACAUGGACAAACUUGGACUUCUCCAGCCCAAGGACCUGGAUAUUCCCAAGGAUAUAGGGGACACAUUAGCACAUCAACAGUCAGAGGGCGAGGCAGAGGAUUACCGUACUGAGUAUCUGUUUUUCCUCAGGCACAUCAUUUUUAUCUGGAAAGACUUUUUCUAGCUGCAGUUUAAAGCAGCAAUUCAACAGACUUGAAUAAUGUUAAUUCAACAGCUUUAUUUUUAUGUGGAAAAGGGUCUUGCAAACAGUAGGAAAAUUUAAACUGCUUAAAACUCAUGCUGUCUCGAAACUAGAUUAAUUGAUUGUACAUGUUCACAAAUUCUAGUUCUGAAUUUUAUUUUGUAUUUUGGCAGUUUUAAGUGGAUGCUAAAUUUAGGGACAUCAGCUUUUUAUGGCACUCUUUCAGAUCUUCUGAACUAUGCACACUUGUGCUUUUUUUGUAAGUUUGGACCAACUUUUAUGUAAAAAAUUUUACAACAAUCAAAGCAGGGCACUGAUUUAUUUGGUAUUUUUCUUUUUACAAAACUACCUUUAGUCAAAGGUCACUGUCAGUCUUUGCACUGCUUUCAGUGUUAUUGUGGAAGGUGUACUUUGUGCUCAUUUCAGAUAAUAAAACACAACCUUUCUCUUGAUGCAACAAUUUUAUAAAUAUUUGGUCAAUGUUAUUUUUUUCUUUAAAAAAUGGUGUAGUAAAAUGUCCACCCCUCAAUAUGUUUGUAUAAAAACUGUUUUACUUGAAUGGUAAGUGCCUUAACAUGUAAGUUUAAGGUCUGCAAAAAUUCUCUACGUUUUUCUGAUAAAUUCCCUUUCUUUAACGUUAUUUUGUAGAUUGAUUCAAAGAUUAAUUCUUAAAUAUAGACACACUACAUUACAAGACAGGUAAUUAUAGGCAACUUGGAUAAAGUGCAUUUUAAAAUGGCAUAUUUGCCAGCUAAGCCAGUUUAGUAGAUGUACCUAGUUUUCUCACUGAAGAAAUGAUCUUUUCCCAAACCAAAUUUACUGAAAACGUAGUUGUGAAGACAUUAAAGAAAAUAAGGAUUCCGUCAACUUCCUCUAAAAGCAGUAUUGACUUCUGCAGUCCCUCUGCCAAAUACGGUCUACUCUAUACUGAGCUAUUGGAUGGUACCAUAGAUGUCAAAGAAGAAAAUGAGAGAAAUCCUAUUCUUCAGUGUCAUUGAUAAUAGUUAAUGCAUUUUGUGUGGAAAGCUGACACUUUACCACAUCUAAAGCGUUAUGGAAAGCUACCCAUAUUAAAGACAAGUAUUUAAUGCAACAUAGAAAUAUUAGCAGGUCAAAUCUUCUAGAAACUUGGAUUGUGCCAGUUAAUCUGUUCUGUAUUCAUCUAUUCCAUUGAUCAUUGUAAUACUUUAUUUGAAUCUGUCUUUAAAUAGAAAAAAAAUAUUAUAGUUAAAAUUGCUACCAGAAGCCACCACUCCAAUUUUAUAUUAGUUACACUUUCCAGCAUGUUUUCCUGAAAACAGCAGCCCCUCUCUCCUGCAGAGAGGGGAUAAGGCUAUAUUUUCCAUGUACUGAAAAGAAUGUUUAAUUGCCCAUAUUGGAAACAAUUUUCCAACUGAUUAUCCAGUUGAUAAAUUGGUACAUUAUGUAAGUAAGUGUUUAAUUACUUUUAAAAAGGUAAAAUUUCCACAUAAAUUAUUACCAGUUUAGUCGUGUUAGUGACUUCUUGGAUUUUCAGAUUAGAAGCUAAAAGUUAUCUAUUUCAUUGAAAAUGCUGGUUCUAAUUUCUGACUAUUUAGCUACAUUUUAAUGUUUUUCACACCCUAUGCAGCAGUAACUAGUCAGUGUUCCAGUAUCUGCAGUUGAAUCAUGGUGAGUCUCAUUGCUUCAGGCUUCCCUAUAAAUCUCAAGUUAUCCAAGUUCUCAUCAGCUGCAUUAAAGAAUCCUGCUGUCUGAAAAUAAAAGCAGCUAAGUUGGAAACAAAUAUUUGUGAUCUGAAUAGCCUGUGUUUAAAUGAAAUUAAACACUUUAUAUAAAAUGA